UUUGUUUUUCCUCUUGUGAAAGGUUCGACGUUCUUUACGUUUUUACGUCAACGUAACGGAUCUAUGACAAAGCGAGCCGUGAGGUAGUGGUCCCACGAAACAUGUUCCUUCUCCCCCGGGCCGCCAUGCCGACAAUGACCGGGGAUGGGAAUCUCCCUGCCGCUUGAAUCCGGUCUUGUUCGCGUCGGUCCUGGUCAGUCAGCAGGAGCGCUAAAAGCAGCAGAGGUGAGCGGGCUCUUCAUUUAUUCAAGAGAAGAUGGCGGAGUUUUCGCCUGUCCUGCCGAUGCGGGAUGGAGGAGGACGGUUGGGCCAGCCCAUCUUCCCUCGGUCCAGGUCAGGUUCCGAGUCGGAGAGCGAACUUUCCCAGAGCCUGGCCCGGACUAAGAUCCGGUCCUACGGCAGCACAGCGAGCGUCACGGCCUCUCUUGGAGAGAAAUACAUAGAGCAUCGGGUUACAGACAGUGAUACCCUGCAGGGGAUUGCUCUCAAAUACGGCGUUACGGUAAGACUGCAAGGUUAGGCUGAGCUCUGAUGUUCACCUUGACAACAAGAUCUGACAGUAGGUAUACAAGAUUAUUAAUAAUCUUGUAUACCUACUGAUGUUUACAUAUACUGUGUGUGUCUGAUCAGCCCUCACUGUCAUGCAACAACAACAUCGGGGCUUUUUCUCCAUCAUGUGGACAUCACGCCUGCUCCUGACUUCAUCCAUCUGUCACAGUCUUUCCCUUUUACAGUAAAAUUCAAACUUGAACCGUGAAAUGUCUCAUUAAAACCUUGAAGCACACAGUGUGAGGCUGUUCUUGCAUCAGCCAGAGCAUCUCACAGGCUCAGAGAAAGAGGGGUUCAUUCAACACCUUCAGACUUUAACUGAAUUUCACAAAGUGUUGUGAAAGUCCCAUUUCACUUCUUUGUUCUACUCUCACUUUUACAACAUGCCUGAACCUGUGAGGUAAAACAUGCAGACAGCUAUGAAAUUGAACAGUUAAUGUUGAAGAGUUCCUCCAAGGGGGGGCAGUCUGAGUAAGGUGGUUCCUGUCCAUGGGGUCCUCAGACCUUCAAAGUUCACUGUGAUUUAACCACCAGACAAGCUGUUCAUCCUUUUUCCUUUAACAGACACUAAAAUAGAUCCUGCACUCUUACUGAAUCAAUAAAAGUCAAGCUUAUCCGGGCAGUCCUGUAGAUGCAAUCUAAUGUUUCUCACAGUUUUAAUCUUUGUUAUUUUUAAUCAGAUUUACACACCACCCCGCCAUGACUCAUCCACAGCUACUGCUGUAGACGUGACUAAGAUUCCUCCCUGAACAUCAGCCAAUAACGACAGCCCAAACAGCAGGAAAUGAAUUAACUUACUCAGUGGUUUCUUUCAUUAAAUACAUUAAAAUGCAUCUCCAUUUACUCACUUAAAUUAUAAUUCAACUCAAAGUAUAAUUCAUUCUAUGAUUUUCUGCAAAAAAAAAAAAAAGGUUUACACAUGUCUGGACUGCCAGUAAAUGGAUGUUGCCAUUUCUUUUCAAGUAAACAUGUAUAAAUAACUUUGAAAUACUUCUACUACUACUACUACUACUACUACUACUACUAAAAAUAACUACUCUGACAUUGAAGUCAAAGUAUUUAGUUGACUCCACAGACUUGUUUAUGUCCUAAAUGUCGCUGUGUAGGUUAAUUUUUCUGCUAAUAUUCUCCAAAAAUCACAGACAGUGACGCUGUAUCUUAUCAGGACAUUUUAUGGUCCUGUAACAGCUGUCGUUUUAUCCGUCAUCCAUGUACUCAUGGAACCACCACCAUGUUUCUUCUUAAAGGUGUCAAAAGAUCAGUUGACCGUUCUGUGUGAACCAUAGAAGGAAGUGCUCUGUUUGUGUACAUGAUGCUAUUUUCAGACUGUCUUUCUCCCCGUCUCUUUCAAACCCCAGAUGGAGCAGGUGAAAAGAGCCAAUAAGCUCUUCAGCAAUGACUGCAUUUUUCUGAGGAACAGCCUCAACAUCCCUGUGGUGUCGGAGAAACGCUCCAUAUUUAACGGACUGUCUCUGGAGUCUCCUGAUGGGGACGCUGAAGCAGCAUGCCAGGAGGCAGAUUCGCCUUGUGUUGUGACGCAGGACAUCGAGGGACCCACGCCUCCCCCUUCACCUCCCCCCGAGGACUCCAAACCCCCCCAGCCCCAGCCAGAGGAGCUGUCAGCCAAAGACUUCUUACACAGACUGGACUUGCAAAUAAAACAGUCAAAGCAGGCAGCACGCAGGCUGAAAGAAGAGGAAGUGAGGUGAGACGUUUACUGACCUGGAGCAGAGUGAUGCUUCUGCUUUGUCAUUUUGCUGUGUGUGCAGGUGUUUGGCGUGUGAUUACUUUUCUUCCUUGAAGAACAUCCGUCAGCGGAAGCUCGCAUCCCCAAGAUUUUCUCUGCAGUAGAGACAAAAUCUGAGAGGUUUUUGAACAAUACUUAUCAAGGGAUUAUUAGAUGUAGGCAUCUGUAAACAAGGCUUAAAGGAAAACAUUUCAUCCUCUGCAGGUUUAAGUCUCGGUGGAAUCUUUCAUGUUUUUUUUAGCAUGCUGUCAUCACUUAAGGCCCCUCUCCAAAAAGCAGAGAGUAUCUUAAUCUCUGUAUUAAAAUAAACUUUAAGUGCUCAUGAAAAUUGGCCCCAGAUGCCCCUCCCUGAGCUCAGCUGAUGAAGCCUCCAACAGAAGUCUCAGUCAGCAGGAAGAGGAGCCAAAUACGUGGAAGUAAAAAUGUUCCCACAGACAGAAUUAUAGAUAGCAAUCAAGGUUUUGCCCUACUAGUCAGAUGCUGUGUUAUGCAACAUUCAGGUAUUUAGCUGCAGAUUUGGCUUGCUGAAUCAGGCCUGAGCAUGCCUCCCCUAUCCCGGCAUGUUCAAACAGUGAGGUAGUAAUGGAUACCUGGAAUAACCCCGUUGUUGUUGUUGGUAGUUUUUGUGUAGACAGGCCUGAGUCACACUGCAGCAGUUCCUUCCACACACUCACUGAAAGCUGUUUUCUCUCACUCUGGCCCUGUUGGUGUGAUGUGCUCAGAGUACAGUGAUUGCUGGGUGGACACAGGCCAGCUGUUGGGUUGAUGUCCUUCGCUUCAUGAAACAACACAAACAAAACUGUUUGUAUUUCACAGCUAUGUCAAUAUUUCUUAUUGGCAGUAAAUCUUAACACGUGAUUUGUUUGAUUAAAGCUUUGAGUAAAUGUCAAAAGUUUUUAAUUUAGUCUCUUAAUGUUCACCUAUCAACUGGAACAAAUCUGAGCCUUCUGUUAAAGCCCCGGCCCCCUCUCUGACUCCAGCUCAAUCUAAGUCCAGCCGGUGAAGCUGCACUGUGCUUAAGCAAACAGAGACUCAUGUCGUUGUUUCCACAUAGUCCUAGAGCAAACACACACCACACGCCUGCUGGAAAUGAAACUAACCACAAACCUCUUAGGCCAAACUGUGGGGAAUGAUGGAGGGAUUUAUACUUCUUCUUUUGUGGCUUCAGUAUCUAUAUCUACAUUUGAGAACACUACAUCACUGUAUUGGUUUUUUACUUUGAAAACUGGCCACUUUACUCCACGAAGUCACUCAGUGCUGUUCAGUCCUGUAGCUUGCUUUUAUAAGCUCAGUAACUCAGUUUGUAAAGCACUUAGAGGCACUGUGAGGAGGUUUUGAUUGGUUGAUACACAGACUGAAACUAAUACUAAUGCCUCUAUGAUCUUUUAAAGCAAACAAACCCUUUAGAAACAAGGCGGGUAUUUUCUUAGUUGUGAUUUUCAGUUCCUGUAACAGCUGUGAGGGGGUAGAUGUCGGAGCAGAUGAUUGACAGCACGCUAAGAACAGCUCUUCCCAGGCAGCUACUCACAGUUAAUGAUACAUUUCAGACGUUAGGUUGAAAUUCUUGUCAGGAAAGUCUACUUUCAUGAACAGGGAUAGAUGGUUUCUCUGAGUCCGUAAACCAGAAGUUCCUCACAGCAGCUUUAAUGAAGUGAUAUAACCAGUAGGAAUAAAAAGCCUGUUGUGACUGAGCUUAAGAUGAAGGUUCAGAUGAUCCUGUAGCUGUGACAGAGGACAAUAGGGUUGCCUGGUUAAACUCAUCCAUUAUUCACACACACAGCACUCGUACCUGGGUGCUGUGGUGACUGAGGAGAGGGAGAAAGGCAAGAGCAGUGUAGUCUUAUGCAAAAACAAAACAAAAGCAUGUUUCUUUUGUGUAAAACUGCCACAAAAAGUGAAUCUUUUCCCUUUUUCACCCACAGGAGCAAUGAGGAGAACUACACGACCCCUACGUCAUCAUACCAGGAAAUCUAAAGGACCUGUCUGUUUACCUGAAGCCCUGUCUCAGACUAAUACACUCACCACCACAAUCUCAGCGCUUUCCUCUUCUACGUUUCCGCUUUUACCAAACCCUCGUUUAACAAGUGUCAUGUUUGCCUUUUAUUUAUUGAUAUGCACCAACAAUGUACACGAUUGUUCUUGUUUUGUACAGUUUUACUCGCACCGCAAGGGGAGCAUCUCGCAUCUAAAUAGCAUUCAAGCACACGCCCCCGUCCGCUCCUUAUACCCUACUGAAGCUGCUGUACAGAACCCACCUGCUGCACAUGUUUACACACACAUACAGACACACACACGCAGGCACAAAGCGUUAAGCAACUCCAGGAGGAUUAGCUUGUUAGACUCGCUAACCGCCUCUGAUGUUCUAAAUCCCCUCUUAGAAUAGAAUCAUCGGAAAUUGUAUUCAGGCCUUCCUCAUCAGUGUUUACCCAGCACGAGCUCAUCCCAGACAGGAGCGGUGGAUGGACUCAAGCCUUUGACAUGUCCUGUUUGCCUCAUUGAACCUUUUUUUUUUUGUCUUUGGAAACAGAAGGGAGUGCUCUAUUUUUUGAGGUGUGAAUGCAUUAUUUAAGUGUGUGGAGAACUGUCUGUAAAUGCUGUUCUGUUUUAUUGUGCUUUCAGAUCUUAUCGUUUUAUUUGGAAGAAUAAAAGUGUAUUUAAACCAUGAGGGAGGCUUUUCA